AUGGACGGAAUUAAGCAACUUGCAACAAGUUUGAACGAAGUAGCAUCCUCGUGCUCAUGGAGGAGUCAGUCGCUAGCAAGCUCGGCCUCGAGGAUGGGACGGACGAAGCCAUGGAAGCUCUUCUACAGCAUCGGGGCGAUCUUUGGAGCCGUGGGGCUCCUGAUCUCAUUCGUCCUGCUCUUGCUCAACCUUGUCGUCAACGUCUGGAUCGUUGGCUUCGCUCCUGGCUGUCACUCGGACAUCCCAAGGGAACCCUUCGAUCACCGGCCGUUGUCGGGUCAGAGGUACACCGUCACGGCGUUCGUUCCUGGAGUGAACCUCCCCUUGGCCCACGUCGCCUACAUCCUCCCAGCGAUUCUGGUGUGCCUCGUCGUGCAUGAGGCUGGGCAUGCGAUUUGUGCAGGGUCGGAAAGAGUGAGAGUGCAGGACUGCGGCGUCUUUCUGUAUUUCAUCAUUCCCGGAGCUUUUGUUGAGCUCGAUCCGACUGAAGAUUUAUGCUGCCGGCCCAUGGCACAAUGCAGUCCUGGCAAUGUUUUGCCUUGUCAUGAAGAUUCGCCGCUGAAGCAGCACCUGCACGUGGGCGACGCGAUAUCUCACCUUGACGACUGCCAGAUCGUGGAGGCGGUGAACAAGAGCGGAUGGGUCACCUGCCUGGAGAGAAUGAGAGGACGAGUGAUGGGCAAAGAGCAUGAGUUGAGGAGCAGGAGACUGAUGAGUAGAGGAUUCUGUGUCGAUCCUGUGCUGUGGAGAGAUGCGCUGGAGAUAGAUUACUCGACACAAGAUGUUGUUGCUAAUGCCACUGCAACAUCCGUCGGUGAGAAGUCGAACAAGCUUUGUUUCGUUGAAGGAGGCAACUUUGUGCUGUUUGCUAACCGCACAACUUCAUCUUACAACGUCACUCGACUGGUCGUGCGGAGAUUUCUGGCUUACACCAUCGCCCUCUCUGUCAUCACUUCUUCCUCUUCAUGUCACAGAGCGACUAACAUGACCGCAGUUGUCGGUGCUGUCUUAGAGAUAAUCGCCGUCAAGCUUGGAAUGAGUCAUCUCAAGACUAAGAGUGAAGCGCUGGAGGAAAUGUGGGACAACAAGACACGUAGAUUUCUGUGGAUUUGCAAUCAUUUAUUGGUUGUGUCUAUAAUGUCAAGCUUCAUCCGCGCGUCUAUGGGAUGA